AUGGGGGAAUACUUUUUGGGCUUUUUAAAUAUCCACGAUUUGAAACUUCCCUCACUCAGUAUGCAUAUAAAGCUCCCUCGCUCUCCUAUUCUUCUACAAACGGCAAACAUCCUUGUUGGUCCUUCUCGCUACUUAUUAAGGUUGAACUGCUCGGAUUCUUCUCACAAGUGUGACACAAGUUAUAUCUCAAAGAGUUUCAAAAUGUCUCAGCAAUCGUGUGAUGCAUCUCCCGUAUCUGACUCGGCAACACCGGAUGAGUCCUCUAACCCUAAUAGGAGUCUGGAGGUUGUACCUUUAAGGACGAUUAGUAGUGAUGAUGUAAAGGCCACAAAGCCUAAAACAGCACAUGCAAAACGACCCAAGGAGGGUAUUCAUAACAAGGGCGCCAAACCUUCUACAUCUAAUACCAUAGAGGAACUUAAUAAAGAAGGAACCAGAUAUGUCGAUAAAGCAAUUACCAGAAUUGUUACACGCAUUCUGAAGGAAAACCAUCAAAACACCAGUAAGGCUGAAGUUGCUCACACCUCUGGUUGUGACCCAACUGAAGAGGAGAUCAUUAAUAAUGGACAAGGAGGUGCUGAGAAUACCAAUGUUACUGAGGAUGUCAAUGACAUUGAAGAGAAUAAGCACACUAAGGUCAAUACUGAAACAGGUACCAAUGUGGUAGACUUAGAUGAGUAUUCUGACAACGAGUUACUUGCCUCAUUAAAUCCGAGUGUAGCCAACAGGAUGAUGACUAGAAGAAAAGCCAAAGCUAUUUCCCAAAGUUCCCCUGAAAAGAAUGUAGAAGCUAAGAGCACUGUUAAAGACUCUGUCAAGAAGAAGAGUAAUUCUGCUGGUCCUAUCAAGAGCAGAGCUGUGGCUAAGAGUGUAGGGGUUAGUCCCUCAAAUUCCUGGAGCAAGGUUGUUCCAAAGAAAAGAAAGGAGAGGGAAAUUGUUGAAUAUGAGUCUGAUGUUGAAUGGGAUGUCCCUAACAUUCCAUCAAGGAAGAAGCCUACAACAAGCAAGCUUGCUGCAAGUAUUCCUGAAAUACCUAUUGAUAAUGUGUCAUCCCACUAUGCCUCUAGUGCCAGCAGGUGGAAAUAUGUGCUCCAAAAGAGACUGGCUGUUGAAAGGGAGUUGGCUCCAAAUGCUCUUGAGAACAAGGAAUCUUAG